AUGGUGACACUAAAUAUUCUUUUCACAUUGUUAAGUGCUGGACUAUUCUGUGAUCAAAGUUUUGCUGCUUUUUCGACCACACACGCUACCAACAUCCACAGUGCAAUUUUCACCUCUUCCUACAAUUAUCUAGUAAGGCCCUCCGAUCUCACCAGUGUAAACAUGGAAUUCGUCAUCUUUGCCAUUAACCAAGUGGAUCUGAAAAACCAAGUAAUCUCCAUGUCCGGAUGGCUUACAGUCAAAUGGCAGGAUGACCGACUUACGUGGACUCCCUCAUCAUAUGGAGACAUCGACCUGAUCUACACUAAGCCGUCCAAAAUCUGGAAGCCUGAACUUAUCAUCGAUAAUUCUGUUAGUGGUAUGGACCCCAUCGGUCAUGAUGAUCUUCUUUUUCGGGUCAAGAACACUGGCGAAAUUCGCUGGGAUCCUCCUGGCCUCUACGACGUCCACUGUGAAAUAGACAUCACUUACUUCCCUUUUGAUUACCAGACCUGCUACAUAGAGGUCGCCAGCUGGGUGUACAGUAUGGACAAGGUCAAUUUAACAAAGAUCCACGAUCACAUAUUGACAGAAGAUUAUCAUGUGAAUGGCGAAUGGGACCUAGACUCCACCUUUGUCAAGGAAUCCUUCCUUACAGAAGAAGGAGAGAUGUUUUCUUCGCUGAAAUUCGCCGUUGUUUUGAAGAGGCGGCCGGGGUAUUACAUGUCACACAUCAUAUUUCCCGUUCUCAUUAUCUCUCUGCUAACCAAUAUCACGUUCCUGUUGCCGGCAGACUCUGGGGAGAAGAUCUCCUUUAUUUUGACUGUCCUUCUGUCCCUGGCUGUUUUACUGACUCUGAUUGGAGACAGUAUGCCGACUACGUCACUACACACAUCUAUUUUGGCCGUAUAUCUAUCAAUGGUAUUAGCCGUGUCAGGCAUUGUGAUUCUGCUUACAGUCCUCAAUCUGCGACUUUACCUCAGAGUCGACCAGAAAGACAUACCCAACUGGCUCAAAAGAUUCACAAACUCGGUUCUACUUCCUUUUUCUUGUCAGUGCUCAAAGGUCAAGGAGAGCUCGAAGGUCGAGGUCAUCAGACAGAAUACAAACAUGGUUCACGUUACAGAUCUAGACGACGCGGAUAUUGUCACGGUGGAGAACGGCCAGAAGAAGAAAAAGACAUUGAAACGAAUGAGUCAGAAGAAGGCAGAAAUUCAGGAACAAAAUUUUCAAACCUCGGAAAAAGACAGUGACUUUCCUUACCUCUGUCGAGAUAUUUCGGGUUUUCUCGAUUGUUUCUUUUUUCAUCUCUUCAACCUGAUUAUUAUCAUCCUUACCGGAAUUUUCUUAUCCAUACUUGUAUUUGGUUCCAAACCACACACAUCACAUUAGUUAAAAGUAUAGACACAAAUUUGAAGCUAAUUUGAAGAUUAUAUCCUUCAAAAUUUUCUAUUCAUGACUUACAUGCUGAAAGAGCAUUUCAGACUGAUCUAUCAUAA